AGUUUGGUCUCGUGACAACAGCUAACAGCGUCACUAGCUAGCGUCUUAUGCUAGCUUUGGACGUAUAGUCAAUAACUCUAUGUGAAUGGCAUGUACAUGCGUUAAAAGAGAAGGCAUAAUCACAACGACGACUAAAGAAAGAUGUUGUCUCGUCUGCUGAAGGAGCACCAGGCGAAGCAAAAUGAGCGGAAGGAGCUGCAGGAGAGACGAAGACGUGAAGCUAUUGCUGCAGCCACCUGUCUGACAGAAGCCCUGGUGGACCACCUUAACGUUGGUGUUGCCCAGGCAUAUGUAAACCAACGCAAGCUUGACCAUGAGGUGAAGACUCUCCAGGUGCAGGCGAGCCAGUUCUCCAAACAAACUGCGCAGUGGAUCAGUAUGGUGGAGGGUUUCAAUCAAGCCUUAAAGGAAAUCGGGGAUGUGGAGAACUGGGCCCGCAGUAUUGAGAUGGACAUGAGAACAAUUGCCACAGCUCUGGAGUACGUACACAAGGGUCAACUUCAGUCCACUUGCUCAUAAACAUCAUGGUUUGUGUCAUGGAUGUUUACAGCUACAACUAAAUACACUGGAAUAAAACAAAUCCAGUCCAGUUAACUGCUGUCAACAGAUAUCCAGCUCAUCAGGGUCAAAAGCUUGCUUUUCUGCCUGCAAAUGUAAGUGGACCAAGGCUGACAGUAAUUUAUUCAGACCGACAGCAAAGGUUUGUUUCAUUUGACAACUAAGUGCUGACAUGGGUAAUUGCUUCAGUUCUUGUGUUUGUACCAUUAUUGACACAAUGACGCUAGAUCUAACAUUUUGAGAGUCAGGACCCCGCAAUCAGUAAUUAGUCAUUGAACGGAGGAAAAAAGUAAAAACAGUGUGGAUUUGUGAAGGAGUUGCAUGUACAGAGAAUAUAUGUAGUAGGCUGAAAGAGCUACAGAAAAGCUACCACCUGUCUCUAAGUCUGUAGUAUCUCCCUAAAAGCAUUUUAUCAAAGGCUUUCUUCUCAGCACCUGAUACCUGAAUUAUUUAUGUUUGUGUUUAUGCACAAAAUGUAUAUGCACAAUGAGAACUGUGCCGUUUCUGUUGGACAACUUUAAAUUUUGUGACCAUUUAGUGAUGGGAAAUUGUUUUUAAUAAAGUUUGCUGAAAAUGUA